GGACCACUGUGCCCCUGCUCGGGGCUGGCAGGAGAACUGGGUCAGCCGUGUAACCAUGGAGAUGCUGAGGGAGAUGCUGAAGCGGCGCCAGCACAGCCCCGGCUCUCCAGAACCCUGGAAAGAUUCCCCAGCCCUGGCACCGUCCGUGUCCGGCCGGGAUGGGGCUGGGAAGCUGAGCUGAGCCUCCUCGGGGCGCAGGGCGCUGAUCCCACGGAGCGGGGCCGGGGCCGGCGGGCGCGCAGCGGCUGACCAUGUUCAACGGGGAUGCCAGCUCCAUCACCGGCUCCAUCACCGGCUCCAUCACCGGCUCCAUCUCCAGCUCCAUCUCCGGCUCCAUCUCCAGCCCCAUCGCCGGCUCCAUCGCCGGCUCCUCGGCGGCCAGGAAUGUGGUGCGCAGCUCCAGCAUCAGCGGGGAGAUGUACAGCCUGGAGAAGAGCGCGCGGGGCAGCGCCGACUCCGUCUCCGUCACCGCCAGCAAGAAGAGACGCUCCAGCCUGGGCGCCAAGAUGGUGGCGAUCGUGGGGCUGUCCCAGUGGAGCAAGAGCACCCUGCAGCUCAACCAGACUGAGGGGGGCCCCAAAAAGCUGCGCAGCACCAUCCGGAGGAGCACCGAGACCGGCAUCGCCGUGGAGAUGAGGACCAGGGUGACCCGGCAGGGCAGCCGGGAAUCCACCGACGGCAGCACCAACAGCAACAGCUCCGACGGCACGUUCAUCUUCCCCACGACCCGGUUUGGCGCCGAGAGCCAGUUCAGCGACUUCCUGGACGGGCUGGGGCCGGGGCAGCUGGUGGGGCGGCAGACGCUGGCAACCCCCCCGAUGGGAGAUGUCCACGUGGGCAUGACCGACCGGAACGGGCAGCUGGAGGUGGAUGUGAUCCAGGCACGGGGACUUAUCCCAAAGAUGGGCUCCAAGUGCAUCCCUGCCACCUAUGUGAAGGUUUACCUGCUGGAGAACGGCGUCUGCCUGGCCAAGAAGAAGACCAAGGUGGUGAAGAAAAGCUGUGACCCGUCGUACCAGCAGCCUCUGCUCUUCGAGGAGAGUCCCCAGGGCAAAGUCCUGCAGGUGAUCGUCUGGGGCGAUUACGGGCGCAUGGACCACAAGUGCUUCAUGGGGAUGGCCCAGAUCAUCCUGGAGGAGCUGGAUCUCUCCAGCACCGUCGCGGGCUGGUACAAACUCUUCCCCACGUCCUCGCUGGCCGACUCCAGCAUCGGACCUCUGACCCGCCGCCUCUCCCAGUCCUCCCUGGAGAGCUCCACCAGCCCCUCCUGCCCGUAGGGGGGCAGGUCAGUGGGAGAGGGGAGGGGGAAGGAGACGCCCUGACCUACCCAAACUGGGCGUGGAGAGCUGUAAAUAUCCUUCCUUUUUUUU